UUGCAAAUCUUCAAUUAAAAAAUCUGCCCGGCUGCUUCUACUAUUUCUGAGUCCUCCGAGUCUUCUAAUCGUCUCCAAGUAAGCUUCUUUCCUUCUUUUCUGAGUCAUGUCAGACCGUGAAGAUAGCCAGAACCCUUCCGUCCACUCUUACGGUUCUGGCGGCCGGUCUCCGACUUUUGGUUCCUCUUCUUCUUCAUCCUCUGAUUCUGAGCACCCGGCUACUUCUCCACAGAAGAAGCCGGUUGAUGUUUCCACUUGUGCCCCUUCUUCUUCCGUGGCGCAAGUAGUCUCAGUCGCCCAGCCCGGGGACGAGGGCUUCACUCCGCUUGACGACAGGUUGCUCCAAGAGCAACCGUCGUAUAUGCAGAAGCCCCAAGUCCACGAGCUGCGUAAUCUGAUGCCCGAUGGGUAUCAAUUGACCUACCGGGCAACGUGGAAGAGCAUUAUUCCUCUCCACGUCGGUAUGUCGAUUGGUAUUCAUUACCAUUCGAUCAAGGACUUGGGUGAAUUCUCUAUUCACCCAUUCAAAGUCUUUUUUCUUGAAACAUACGGUAUCAUGCCCGGGCAGCUGGCCCCUAAUGGUCACCGUCUGUUGGGCAGUUUCAUCAAUGUCUGCCGGUUCCUUCGUAUUCCUCUCUCUCUUCGUCUCUUUGACUAUAUGUUCGAUGUCCGGCCCGGGUCCAAGGAAACCCUUGGAUUCGUGGUGGUGUCAUCCCACCAAGGCCGGGCAUUCCUGUGUGGCCUUCCUCCUUCUAACAAGAAGUGGAAGGACAAAUAUGUCUGUAUCAAGUUCCCCCCGACUACCUUUCCCUUUGCCCAAAAUGUCUGGGGGAAAAGAAUGAAGCGCCAGGUCAAACCAGCGGAAGCCGAUGACCUGGUUGCCUGGGAAGCCACCCUCCGGGCCGGGGACGCCUCCACCCGCGGUCUUUACCACGUCGGGAAGUGGAGCGUCUACCCCGGUCGAGAGACUGACCCUGAGCCGGAGAUUAUCCUGCCCGGGGCGAUCCCCGAAGCCAUCCCCAUCCGCCAGGCGAGGGGACCCAAAGCCCUGGCCACUGCCACUGCCGUGGUGAAGUUUCAGUCAAAGUUUGCCAUUCCUCAGAUAGUGGUUGAGGAGCCCUCCACUGCUCAGCCACUCAACCCUUCAUCCAGCCAGCCCUUCACACUGGAAGAGCAACCGGCCCAAUCCCAUCAGGGGACCAACCAGCCUAUUCACUCGGGGGAACUCUACAUUAAUGUAGAUACCUUCGAGUUCGACAACCUGAUGGGAGAGACCGGCCAUACCUCUCAAGCCGGGCCGGCAGGUCAACCCCCUGUGGGUGACCAUGAUGAAGAAGAGGUCGCUGAAGAAUCCCUUCAGCGGAAGAGGCGGAAGACGGAGGUGGUGAACCAACCAGCCCACCAGGUGGCCCAGUCCUCCGAUGCCGGUGAAGGCCCGGUCGUGCCCCGGUCCAGGAUUCUGAUGUCCAGGUCGGACGAAGAACUCUUCCAAGCUUUUCGUGCUGACCUGAGUGAGGUCGGUCGGAUCGGGGAGGAGUACUUCGCCAGGCUGGUGAAGUCCAAAGAAGAGGAGAUGGCCCGGAUGGAGGCCAUGAUGGUCCAGUGCCGGAAGGAUGCUCAGGCCGCUCGUGCCCUGGCGGAGAAGACGGAAGCGAAAUGGUUGGAGCACUACACGGUCUACCAUCAGCUGUACGCCAAGCAUGACGGUCUCCUCAAGGCUGCUAAAGAGGCCGAUGAGCAAGCCCAAGCCAAGAUCCAGCUCCUGGAGGCUGAAAAUGCUCGGUCGGCUGAGGAGAUCCAAAGGCUGGGGACCGAGAACGCCCGGUCUGCUGAGGAAAUCGCUCGGCUGGGAGAUGAGCUGGCCAAAGAGCAAUCGGAGCGAGCCACCGUCGCCGCAGCCUAGGCUUCUCAAGCGCUUGAGGAGUUCGCC